CGAAUAAUAUCGAUUCGCGUCGUAUUGAUUUUCAAUGCGAUGAUUUACCCUCCACCGGCAGUCGAUGGCGCGCAGAGCGCCUGCGCCGCCGCCGUACCCAAACAUGGCCGGCCGACAGUGACGUGAUUCAGUGUUGCGCGGCCAUUUUUCGCCAGUGACAGUGGUAUUUUCCAGCGUGCGGCGACGAAAGUGACACGAGCGAGUAGCUGAGCGACCGAGCAAGGCGCCUGGACAGCGUGCGACGGCCGCGGCGCGCCGGGCGGACGGUGAGGAGCGGUUUUUCUGGCGGGACUCGGCGCGGCCGGCCGUGCGCCAAUGGCAGCGCCGGCUGACGUACCGGCGGCCACCACGCAGGUGCUGCUGAUCCGCGCGGCGGCCGGGCCCACAUACAGCCGGGUGGUGGCGCCCGGGCACCAGCCGGUGCGGCUCCUGCUCCGCGACGACGCGCAGCUGCUGCGGCACGAGCUGCGCGCGGAGGACGACUUGCUGCCCUCCGACCUGAGCACGCACGACGUGCGCCUGGACAGUGACGAGCCGGCAGACUUUAGUGUGAAGACGCUGCGCUCCGAGGGCCUCAGCGUGCACGCGCUGGGCUCGAGCGAACUCGCGUCGCACGCGGACUUGGCGCACGGCGAACUGGGCGCCGGCGAGCUGAGCUCCAGUGAGUUCAAAGCGGACAUUCCGUCGUCACCGUACAAGGAGCCGCUCAGUGUGCAGGUGAUCGCCGAGCAGACGGAGGCGCACGACUACAGCCAGCUGAGUCCGGCGCCGCUCUCGCCACGCGACGACAUCCCCACCAGUGUGCACAGCAUGAUCGACGCCUCCGACUUCCGCUCGCUGCCUCAGGAGCCCAUGUACCAGAACCUGAGCAGCCUGGGCGGGCGGAUGUCGCCGUCGCCCUACAGCCCCUCCUCCUCCUACGCCACCCUGACCCCGCUGCAGCCGCUGCCGCCCAUCUCCACCGUCUCAGACCGUUUCGCCUAUGGCCAGUCGGGUAACGUAUCGGGGUCCUUCACGGUCAUGCACAACAACCAGGGGCUGAGCAGCAUGAACCUCAACUCUCCAUACCACUACGACAAGCUCAGCCACAUGAGCAUGUCCCCCACGCACUACUCGUCCAACAACGGGCUGAUGAUGCACCAGCAGCCGUCGCCGCUCUCACCGCAGAACUACAGCCACAACGGCAUGCACUCGCCGCAAAAGUCCAUCUCCCCGGAGAACUACAACAGCCCUUACACGCGCGAGGAUCUGUCGCGCGCCACCCUGGCGCAGCCCCAGAGCCCGGCACUGAGCCCCUCGGUGUCGCUGCACUCGCCCCCCAGCUCCACCUUCAACGGCUACAUUGCCACCACCACGCUGACCACCUCGGCGCUGACGCCCAGCUUCAACAGCAUAAACGCGGGUAGCUUGGGACCGCUUUCUCCGCACGCCGUCUCACCCAACUCGCCCUCGCUGCACCUGCAGUCGCCGCCCUCGCCGGCGCCGCAGCUGCGUGACCCCAUGCAUGCUAUGUCGGCACCUUCGCUGCAAGGCGGAGGCCACAUCCAGCACACGGGCCAGAGCCUGACCACCGGCCACCAGGUCCAGUGCAAAUCCAGCUCCUCUUCCACCGCCUCUGACUCCGAAGAGCUCAACACCAAGGAGCUGGCGCAGCGCAUCUCGGCCGAGCUGAAGCGGUACAGCAUCCCGCAGGCCAUCUUCGCGCAGCGCGUGCUCUGCCGCUCGCAAGGCACGCUCUCCGACCUGCUGCGCAACCCCAAGCCCUGGUCCAAGCUGAAGUCGGGCCGUGAAACGUUCCGGCGCAUGUGGAAGUGGCUGCAGGAGCCCGAGUUCCAGCGCAUGUCGUCCUUGCGGCUGGCAGGAGGAUCGAGGCACGACGCGUGGCAGGAGGACGGACCGUUUUCCCCGGCGGCGGCCGGCGAAGCUUGGGCGGUGCCCUUCGCCAAUGCCUGCAAAAGGAAAGAGGAACAGCCACCUACCGAGCAACCGCCGGCGCCCAAGAAACCGCGGCUUGUCUUUACCGACCUGCAGCGACGAACACUGCAGGCUAUUUUUAAGGAGACGAAGCGCCCCUCGAAGGAGAUGCAGGUGACGAUUGCGCGACAGCUGGGCCUCGAGCCCACCACCGUCGGCAAUUUCUUCAUGAACGCCCGGCGCCGGUCGCAGGACAAGUGGAAGGAGGACGACAAGCCGGGCGGCGGGGGCGGCGGCGGCGGUGGCGGCGGCGGCUCGAGCCUGCUGCAGAGCCAGGUGCUGACGGCAGCAGUGACGGCAGCGCCGCUCCAGCACGCGCUCGACUCGCUCACCGGCGACUUGUGACAUGAGGACUCGGAGGGAGCGGGCAGCGUCAUCCGACUCUACGUCGGCUCGGACGACAACUGAGGCGCGCCGCGGAGGCGCCGGCCCCCGCGCGCACGCACGGAGCUGCACUCACCGACACAGCGACACGACCCCCACACCCGCACGGCGCGCCCGCGCCGCCGGCGGCGCCGCUAGUCCGUAACAGACGCUUCUAGUCAGCGGAGCUCUGAGGGCCGCGCGCCCAUCCCAGUGAUGCUAGUCAGUGAACGGUAUAGGACAACCAUGCUAGUCAGAAAGCAUACGACGGACCAUAGUGAUCCAUAGCAAUACGCGCGUGCUGACAAGCGCGACGGCCGCCGCACCGGCGACCGGGACCCGCCGCCUCGAACCUCGCUCCGUUCACAUCCAGGCAGGCGCGGCCGUGCGUGUGCGUGUUUCCAUUCUGAUCUCAACACAUUCCGUAGGUAUUUUUAGGAGGUCUUGGCGCACCGCAGCGGAUGAUAUUUCUAUAUAGAUGCAAGGCCGAGAGAUGGCGCCGUUGCCGCGCCGAUCGAGUGUACAUAGACACAUUCAUUUUAUGCAUGGAUCGGUCACCUGCGCGCACUGUACAUAAUCCCAGGUUGUUGUCUCUGCAUUGCCUUUGAUUUGUCGUCGUUGCACCCUGUAGGAACGCCGCCCGCGUCCGAGCGACCGCCACCAUUUGUAUACUGUCCGUGGUUUUUGUACACGACCAGCUGGUGGGGCACACGCACAGGCGUGGCCAGACCUCCUCAAAGGUUGGGCGGUGGACCCACGUGUCUACUUAACCGGGCUCCGCGGCCGAGCGGCCGAACACAAUCGGCGCUCCGCCGGACCCAGCGGAGGGUCCGGCGUGUCCUCGCUGUUGCCCCCCCCCCUCCCCCUGUUGCCCCUCAGACGUGUGGGCGCGUCGGCGACGCAUAGGUAUCUAGAUGUUGGUGCAAUACCUGUCAGCAUGUCCCACAUAUCACCGACCUCACCCAUCCCACCAGCGCGCACGGACACCGCCCGCGCGUACGACACGCGCCAUCUGGAGCACGCCGGCCGCCGCCCGCGCCGCCGGCGGCCCGUCCCUAACCUGACACGACCUGUCGGACCUCGCGCCGCCUCAAGGCCAACAAAUCGUCUAGUCAUUCGAACAUUCCGUUGCCGCGCAUUCCAGGCUGCCGCCGUUUUCUACGCUGGUUUUGUUGCGGAAAGCGCGGCGCGCGAGUCGCCAGUCAUUCAGCUGUCCUAGUCAACCGCGCAUGCGCGGUCACCUUAGCGUUUAGUGCUCUGAGUUGGCCGCCUUGCCGCCAGUCAAGUUAUUAUUUAAUCUAUUUAUUAUUGUCGGUAGAGCGUAGGUUGUGCGAGACGUGAGAGCACAAAGCGCGCGCCGCUCGGGCGUGCUCACGCGCCCGGCCGCGGCCGGGAGGCGGGCGCCCGCGGCGGCGUAGCCAGUCAACAAUCCUGGCCGCCCUGUCCCCCUGUAUGCAGUCGUUUUAGAGAAUGUAAGGACUUUCUGGUGUAAGUGAAUAAAUAGAG